AUCAAUCGUCAUGGCAGAAGCUCAAGAUGACAAACUAACGCCUUCUGUCAGUGAUCCGAUGGAAGACGGAAAGAUCAACGACACGGAGGCAACGCCAAACGCCACGGACGAAACGCCGGCGGCUUCAACAGCAUCAAAGAAAAAGAGAAAAAAGAAGAAAGACAAAAAAUCGACAGAAACCGACGGUGGUGGAGAAGCUCAGGCUCGCCAGAGUGGCGCCAGUGCAGAAGACGAAGUGAAAAAACUGCAAAGUAUGAUAACGAAGAUGUCAGCGGGAAGUGGACCUCAACGCAGCGCCCCACGCACUCACGAAGAGGCCCAGACAAAGACUUAUUCGUUUUGGAAGACUCAGCCUGUGCCUCAAAUCGAUGAGAAAGUUACGACCAAUGAGGCUAUUGAGCCUGACAAAACAGACAUCAGGCAAGAGCCUUUGACUCUUCCCGACAAUUUCAAGUGGGACACACUUGACAUCAGCAAGCCAGAAGUGUUGGAGGAGUUGUAUGUGCUGUUGAGAGACAACUAUGUAGAGGACGAUGAUAAUAUGUUCCGAUUUGACUACUCAAAGGAUUUCUUAUUAUGGGCCUUGAAACCACCCGGUUGGAAACUAGAAUGGCACUGUGGUGUCCGAGCAUCAACCAACAACAAACUGACCUGCUUCAUCAGUGCAAUACCCGUCUUGAUGAGAAUCCAAGACAAAGAAAAGAAAAUGGUUGAAAUCAAUUUUUUGUGUGUACACAAGAGGAUGAGGUCGAAGCGUGUGGCUCCGGUUCUGAUACGAGAGAUUACACGGAGAGUUCACGUGAAUGGUAUAUUCCAGGCUGUUUACACUGCGGGGGUUGUGCUGCCAAAGCCUCUUGCAGCGUGCAAGUAUUGGCAUAGGUCACUGAAUCCAAAGAAACUCAUCGAUGUUCGUUUCUCUCAACUGUCAAGAAACAUGACUAUGCAGCGAACCAUCAAACUUUAUAAAUUGCCACCAGAACCUAAGACUCCUGGAGUAAGACCAUUCAAAGCUAAAGAUGUUGCCCAAGCAACCGUGCUCUUGAACGAGUAUCUUAAAAAUUGUGCAUUUGCCCCUAUAUUUUCACAAGAAGAGAUAGCUCAUUGGCUGUUGCCAAAAGAAGACGUGGUUUACUGCUAUGUAGUUGAGAAUGCUAAAGGUCAAUUAACCGAUAUGUUCAGUUACUAUGCUCUCUCAUCAUCAGUAAUGCAUCAUCCUGAACACAAAACUCUUAGGGCUGUCUAUGCGUUCUACUAUGUGUCAACAGCUACUACUGUUGCUGAUCUAUUUCAGGAUGCUCUCAUUUUAGCAAACAAAGAUGGAUACGACGUAUUCAAUGCAUUGGAUCUGAUGAAGAAUGGCGAGUUUCUGGAGAAACUGAAGUUCGGGAAAGGAGAUGGCAAUCUACAGUAUUAUCUCUACAAUUGGCGUUGUCCUACUUUAGAGUCAGACCAGGUCGGCCUGGUGUUGCUAUGAGACUGCAAAUAGAUCUUUUAGACGUAGAAUUUUGCAUGAUCAUUGCACAACAACAGUGUCACUACAGUGUUGGUUUUGUGAAUAUCAAUUUGUCACGAAUAUUUGAGUUGUGGUGGUCAC